CAGACUCGCUAGGUGGUGCGCUCUGGGAGGCGGCGACCCAGGCAUCUGGGGAGCCACGGAAGUCGCGUUCCCUUAAACUCUGCUUUGCUCCCCCUGUGGACAUGAUCCCUUAGCUGGCAUUUUGCAUCCCAGUUUUGUGAUGGAGGCGCCUUUGGGGAUUCAGGUGGAUGAACCUAUGGCUUUUUCUCCCCUGUGUGACCGGUUACAGGCGGAUGGCUCCUUAAAAAAAUAUGAGCAGAAUUUUAAACUACCAGGUGUUAAAAGAGAUAUUGAGAAGCUUUAUGAAGCUGUACCACAGCUCCGUAAUGUGUUUAAGAUAAAGGACAAAAUUGGAGAAGGCACUUUCAGCUCUGUUUAUUUGGCCACAGCACAGUUACAAGUAGGACCGGAAGAGAAAAUUGCUCUAAAACACUUAAUUCCAACAAGUCAUCCUAUAAGAAUUGCAGCUGAACUUCAAUGCUUAACAGUGGCUGGGGGGCAAGACAAUGUCAUGGGAGUUAAAUACUGCUUUAGGAAAAAUGAUCAUGUGGUUAUUGCUAUGCCAUAUCUGGAGCAUGAGUCCUUUUUGGAUAUCUUGAAUUCUCUUUCCUUUCAAGAAGUACGGGAAUAUAUGUUUAAUCUUUUCAAAGCUUUGAAACGCAUUCAUCAGUUUGGUAUUGUUCACCGUGAUGUUAAGCCCAGCAAUUUUUUAUAUAAUAGGUGCCUGAAAAAGUACGCCUUGGUAGACUUUGGUUUGGCCCAAGGAACCCAUGAUACGAAAAUAGAGCUUCUCAAAUUUGUCCAGUCUGAAAAUCAGCAGGAAAGUCGUUCACAAAAUAAAUCCCAUGUAAUGACCGGAAACAAGAUUUCAUUGAGUGGCCCAGCAGCACCUAGGGAGCUGGAUCAGCAGCCCACCACAAAAACUUCUGUUAAAAGGCCCUACACACAUACUCAAAUUCAGAUUAAAGAAGGAAAAGUUGGAAAGGAUGGAUCUGUAGGCCUUUCUGUCCAGCGCUCUGUUUUUGGAGAAAGAAAUUUCAAUAUACACAGCUCCAUUUCACAUGAGAGCCCUGCAGUGAAACUUAUGAAGCAGUCAAAGACUGUGGAUGUACUUUGCAGAAAGUUAGCAACAAAAAAGAAGGCUGUUUCUACAAAAGUUCCAAAUAGUGGUGUGAUGAAGAAAAUUCCCAGUUCUUGCCCAGCCAGCCUGACCUGUGACUGUUAUGCAACAGAUAAAGUUUGCAGUAUUUGCCUUUCAAGGCGGCAGCAGGUUGCACCUAGGGCAGGUACACCGGGAUUCAGAGCACCAGAGGUCUUGACAAAGUGCCCCAAUCAAACUACAGCAAUUGACAUGUGGUCUGCAGGUGUCAUAUUUCUUUCUUUGCUCAGUGGACGAUACCCAUUUUAUAAAGCAAGUGAUGAUUUAACUGCCUUGGCUCAAAUUAUGACAAUUCGUGGAUCCAGAGAAACUAUCCAGGCUGCUAAAACUUUUGGCAAGUCAAUAUUGUGUAGCAAAGAAGUCCCAGCACAAGACUUGAGAAAACUCUGUGAGAAGCUCAAAGGCAUAGAUGCUAACACUUCCAAAUUAGCAAGUGAUAUACAAGAGCCUACUUCUCAUGACCCAACUUUUCCAGAGAAGACUGACCAUAAAGCUCCUUACCUCAUACAGACACCUCAAGCACAGCACUCAGGGAAUUCAUUGUAUAAAGGGAACAGAAAUGGCUGUGGGGGCUGUUUUGAUGCAUACACUACCAACCUAGAAGGCUGGGACAACGUCCCUGAUGAAGCUUACGACCUGCUUGAUAGACUUCUGGAUCUAAAUCCAGCUUCAAGAAUAACAGCAGAAGCAGCUUUGUUGCACCCUUUUUUUAAAGAUAUGAAUUUGUGAUUAUUUAGUUCUUCAUUUAAUAUUCCCUGUUGGGUAUUGUGAGGUGGGGUAAGAGAGUUCUUUGUAGAGCCAUAAGUUCUUGGUUAGAGACCAGGACAGGAUGAAUAAUUUAUUUAAAAAUUUUAGUAUUUGCUCUCGGCAGAUUAUAAAAUAUGGAUUAAGAUUAUUUAAAUUGCCUGCGUUAGUUUUUGUACUAACAGCAUGAUCUUUGACUUAGAUCUACCCAAGGAGAAUCAGCUUUUUAGUUUCCCUAAUUACUUGUCAUUGCCAUGUACAUAAAAAGGAGCAGUUUUAGCCUUGUACCUUGGGGUUCAGGGUUCAAGUCUUAAAAUUAAUGGAUGUAUUAGGGAUUAAAUGAGUCAAAAGACUUAAUUGGUUUCUUCAGACUGUGAGCUGUGUGUACUUUUGGGAAACUCAACCUGGUGCUGGUGCUCUAACCGUUCUGUGGGUUAAGACACUUUCCUCUGCUAGAGGCAUAUAGUGUACCUUUUGUGAACACUAAAACAAUUAAUGAGAAAAUGUUUAGGUGGGAUAUCACUUAACAUUGAAUUUAUCCAUUUAAAAAAGUAUUCUGUGAAAGCAUUUAUUGUGUGAAUCGUCAUUUUUUAAAAAUAGUUUCUCUCUUGAUUUUUUUGCCGCCUCUACCCCCACUUCACACAUUCUCCUUGGAAAUUAUAUGGUGCUUUCCAGAAAGGUUCUGGGCGCUUUGUUAAAUAUUGUAUAUGUUUACAGUUGGAAACUUAAAAUAAUGCAUAUGCUGGUUGAUACAGGGAAGCCACAGGACCAAAGUGAAUAUUGAUAGUCCAAAAUUCUUUUUCUCUCAAUGUGUGUGCUUUUUUUUAACACCAUCUUAAGUAUAAUUAGGUGGCUGCUAAAAGGAAGAGUGAACACAGAAUUGAGAAUAUUACCAGAGGUUGUUCAUCUGCCUAGAGCCGUCCAGAUCUCUCUAUUCUGUGUUCACUAAGUUGCUCCUGCUAAGAGAAGGUUGGUUACUGAGUCUUGACUGGGGUGGGAAGAGAGAGAAUGAAGUAGGCAAAGUAGAGAAGAACCAGAGAGAGGUUUAUGUUCGACUAUAUAAUGUACUAUCAGUGGCAGCGUAAGGACUCUGGGAAGUGAGUCGGGAUGUGGAUUUGUCGAGAAGUUUCCCAUUGCUAGAAGUCACAGUAUAGAACCAGCUUAGGGACAUACAACUUUCACUGUAUUUUGAACAUUGGAGUCAGUACGUCUACCUGCACUAUUUGGUAAGUAUAGUGUGUGUGUGUGUGUGUGUGUGUGUGUGUGUGUGUGUGUGUGUACCAUUACCAUUGAUCGCUCUGUUUUAUGCUGUCAUCUUUAAAAGAAAAAACUUGAAUUUUUUUGAAUUUGUAUGUUUAAUAAAGUUAUCCUUUUAUAUAUUUUA